AUGCUUCCCAAUCGCCUCUCAAAGUCGAUCUAUUUUCAAUUGGAUUUUCUGCGCUUCAUUGAUUUUUACUCGUUUUUAAUUCAUCUGAACGGCGGAAUCUGUGUAUUUAGCAUCAAAGUUACAGAUUCGCUGAAGUAUGGCGAAUAUAAGCAGUCCACGGAUUUGCAUGUUGUUCGUGUAACCCAGAAGGACAUCCUCAUCGAUGCCGUUAUUUUUCACGAACGUUCACUGCAAAUCAAUUUUCACUGCUUGUAA